AUGGAGACGCUUAUCGGAAAACUGAAAGCAAAACUACAGCUUUUGGAGCUCACCCAAGAGAAGACAGAGGGUAUUUUUAGUACCGGGAUCACCGAGAAAAUUCGUCGACACAAAGAAGCUUUACAGAGCAUUGUUAUCGGCGCGGAAGAAAUAAAGAGAGAGGUCGAACAAGCCAAGCUUGAAGGUGGGGAGGCCUCAGACGAAGUUAAAGAAUGGGGGAAAGAAUCUGAGUUGAAAAUCGACGCCGCAGAUACCAAGAUCACCUUACUCGAAGAGCGUGUGAAACGAAUGGUGGCUGAAGCGGAGAAUGAAGAAAGAGAAACGAAGGAGACCCUGUUGGCCCGCCAGCGUGAGGAACAAUUAAAGUUCGAAAGACAGCAACUGGAGCAGAAGGCAGUGUUCGAAAAGGAAAAGGUUGCCUCUCCGAGUAAACAGAAUGUCAAACUUCCGAAGCUUGUCAUCUGGCAUUUUGCAACAAAUUUGAGGCGGAGAUUGGCAAGACGGAUCCACCAGCAGUCACGAAAUUUGCCUAUCUCAAGGAGCUAG